AGUACGUAGAAGCUACCUAUAUACGAUAAACAACCGAAUAUUAAUUGACAAGUGAAGCAGCUAAUGAGAAAUCAGACAAUAUUGAGUUAGUGUCGACAGAGUAAAAGUUAUUAUAAAUAUUGGCUCUUAAAAUGAACACUUAAACCGUAACUAAUACUCCAAAGGGGAAUACGACAUCUUCAAUUCCCACUCUCCGAAUGAAUAGUUAUGAUGCUCUGCUACAGUACUUCAGAGAAAAUUGUCUCUCCAUUUUAGAAGAUCCUUUUACGAACCACGUGUUUAUUUGUGGACUAUAAAAAAAUCACCCUCCCAAGUCCCAACAAUAUAUUAAUUACAAAUAAAACUCCUUCACAAAAUAUAUGUAAAUAGCCACAUUCUAGAUUAUUACACUACCACACCACAAAAAGCCAAAAUUGAAGCAUUAUUGCUGACAUGUGUACAUAAAUUGUAACAAUUCAAUGAUAACCAACAUCCACAGUCAUAAGAAUUGACCCCUCUUAAGUUUUGGUAUUUACCAAGAGGUAAACAAACUAAUAAUGUAUUGUUCCAAUAGACCACGCAACUAUAUUAAACUUGGAAGCAUUAUUUUUGGUGGGUCUUAUGAGCCAUAAAUUGAUAUGAGAAUAAUCAAGUAAAGAAGAUUGAAUGGCUGGUAGGCUACCUGGUGUUGGAUUGCCACCAAGGAAAAAAUCACAACUUAACAUCAGACAUGAACACUGUGUUACCUAUAGAGACUCCAAUCUAAGUGAAUCAUUGGAUGCACCAUGGACUUCAAUCACUACUACCUUAGAUGAAAAUGCUUUCAAGGCCAAACAACGCCUUCGCAAGAAGCUUGGUUACUUCUUAUCCUCUUCCGGGUCAAGUGAACAAAAUCCCAAAAAAGAAGGAAAAGAAACUAAAAGCACGUUUGAGAAGAAGGAUGUUGGAUUAGGUAGGAAAUUACUUGAAAGUACAUGGUUAUUGCGUGGAAACAGGUUGAAGAAAGAGAAAAAAGUAUGCGCUGUGUGUCUAGAAGAUUUUCAGCAACAUAAGGAGGUUAUGAACCUUUCUUGCUCCCAUAAGUAUCAUUCUGCAUGUCUUCUCCCUUGGCUUCGAGCAAAUCCUCAUUGUCCUUGUUGUAGAACCAUGGUUGAGCCCUCAUAGUGUUUACUUGUUAAAGGGUCUAUUUGUUUGCAAAUUCGCUUGUAAUUGAGAUUUAUUAAAAAAGAAGUCUCUCAAAUUUUCUUAGAGGAAAUUGGUCAUUUAUUAUGACCAGAGUGCUGACUGUUAGCUUUUUAGUUAGAAGGGAUAUUCAAGCAUAGCUCGCUAAAUAUUCAUUUGAAUAAGUUAUUUAUAAUCAUAUACUAUAUACUACUACUCUAUUUA